CUCGCGUUCGCCUGCGCACCGGCAUCCGCGAUCGUAGACACUCCAGACACUUCACAGCUGUCAGCCGCCGGAAUCGGUCGGACGUCGGCAGUUUUAGGCGACGACUCGCCGGAUCCAUCCAGUUCCUGGCCCGAGACUUUUAACCGGAACAGGAUCCUACCGAGUCAUUACGGCGUGCCAACAAGACGACCAUCUCGUCACGAUGGCGGACACACGAAUUCCCUGCUCCUCCCUGCCGCCGUCCAACUCCAGCCUCUUCCUCCGGAUGACUUCCUGUCUCCGCAGGCAUUAGAGACAGGCCUGAAGUUGGCUCGCCGGGCAGCAGGGCCAUUCCGUAGCUUUAAACACAAGCGAAGUAAAAGAGCAAAACACAAGCGACGAAGCCGGCCGUACGCGCAGCCUUUAAAUAGACUUUAUAUUAUUUGUUCGCCUAGCUGCCUGUACUUUUUUUGCGGAAAGGCGGGUUAACCCUAGUGUUAACAAACAAAAGCGGCCUAGAUUAGCCUAGCCUAGCCUAGCAUACUUUAGCGUCGCCCACUGGUCCUCGCGAGUCCCGCUUCUGUUAGCCGCGCGCGACUCUUCUGUCUUUGGGUCACUCGGACAGCCGUCCGACUUGCUAGCCAGGCUGACAGAUGGUUUUCAAUAAUAAUAUUAUCAAUAAGAAUAAUGCAAGGUGUGGAAUUUUGGGACCCGCCGACAGAAAGCUAGCUGUGCAUUCUGGUUUGUGUUGUCGCCCAGUGCGUUUUUUCCGUGCGUUUAACGGUUAUGCAUUUUAACAAGUGUUAGCAGGACCGGUUACCUGACAGCUAGAUUAGGUUGGCUACUUUUGGAGAUAAUUUGCUCAGCAAGCUUAAUAUAUAAUUCUGUGUGUAUUUUGCCUAGAAACGCCCAGCCAUGAUACUUUCACGGCUCGUAUUUAUGGCGGGGGUUGAGUCUGGUUAGCCGUCUUGCUCCUGUAACCUUCCCGCGGUUCAGAUCUAUGUCUGGAAGUUGUCCACUGUCGUCGACACGGGUUCCACGGGAAAUGGUAAGACGGUUUUUAACUGGUUGGUUGCUUAUCCCGUCGCCAGACAGGUGUAAACCAGCACGGCUGUGGUUAUAUUUGCGUAACCCGGGAGGAGGCAGCGCUGCCCGGUUUAAUACUAGUGUCUGCUAGCUAGCGGUUUACCUGUCACGAACUAGGCGCAGCUAGUAGCUACCUUCCCUCUGACACCCUAACCUGUCAGGAUCACUUUGUAGCCGGUCUCACAGUCUUUGCGCUGUUUAAACUAUUUGAUUUGCAUAGCGUCUCAGUUAUGUGUCAUAUAUAAGCGCGAUACUGCAUUGUAUCCAUAGAUUACGGUUUUGGGUAGGUGAGUUGAGUUAAUACAGGUCACUAAGAUGACACGGCAGCCGGAUGACUAACCAGAUAGUUGGCACGCCGGCUGUCAGUAUGCACUCGCCGCCUGGGCAGAGCAGCCCUAACCCCACGCCUCCACCUCCCCUGCUGGAAAAUUUCAAGUUGCUUCCUCGCCUCGCCGUUAAAUGUAUGCUUCCGCGUUCAAGUCCCAUUUCCAUGAGCGGGCAGUUAAUAUCUCAUUGACCGUGGUGAGUCAACCUCAGACAUCUCCAUCUCCGAGGAGGUCUGUUUAUGGAGGCGCCCGUAUGCUGUCUUUCAUCUCGUCCCCUAUAAUAGACAAAUCCAGGAAUCAAAUAAUAGUUUUUCAUAGUGAUAAUCCUGAUAGUAGUUUUUUUUUUGUGAUAGUAGGAGAUUGAUUUGUUUCGAGUUUUUGCUGCUGUUCUUUCUGAUGAAUCCUUUGAGAAAAUGGGAUCCUAAACAUUCCCAUGAGCUCAUGGAGAAGAAGGCCUUUGAGGGGUGGCUGGAGACGGUCUCCGCCUCCUUUCUCACAUUGACGGACCAGCAGAAGAACCAAUCGUUGGACCACCUGAUCAGCCUGAGUGGGGCAGCACAGCUACGGCACCUGUCCAACAGCCUGGAGACUCUGCUGAAGCGUGACUUCCUCCGGCUGCUACCGCUGGAGCUUACCUUCUACCUGUUACACUGGCUGGACCCCAAGACCCUGCUCACCUGCUGCCUGGUGUGCAAGCAGUGGAACAAGGUGAUCAGUGCCUGCACCGAGGUGUGGCAGGGCGCGUGCCGCGAGUUGGGCUGGCAGAUCGACGACUCCAUCCAGGAUGCCACCUACUGGAAGAGGGUCUACCUGAGGGCCAAGCUGAGGGUGAAGCAGCUGCGAGACCAAGAGGCAUUCGAGACAUCAUCCCUGAUUGGUCACAGUGCACGUGUCUAUGCCCUGUACUACAAGGACGGCCUCCUUUGCACAGGCUCUGACGACCUCUCUGCAAAGCUUUGGGACGUUUGCACCGGGCAAUGCAUCUAUGGCAUCCAGACACACACAUGCGCCGUGGUGAAGUUCGACGAGCAGAAGCUGGUGACAGGGUCCUUUGACAACACCAUUGCCUGCUGGGAGUGGAGCUCAGGGGCUAAGAUCCAGCAUUUCCGUGGUCAUACUGGUGCUGUGUUCAGUAUAGACUACAACGACGAUCUGGAUACCCUGGUCAGCGGCUCUGCAGACUUCACCGUGAAGGUCUGGUCCUUAUCAGCAGGGACGUGUCUCAACACCCUUACUGGCCACACUGAAUGGGUGACCAAGGUUGUCUUGCAAAAAAGCCAGGUGGAGUCGCUCAUGCAUAGUCCUGGUGACUAUAUUUUAUUAAGUGCAGAUAAAUACGAAAUUAAGGUUUGGCCUAUUGGCCGAGAGAUCAACUGCAAGUGCUUGAAGACCCUGUGUGUCUCAGAGGACCGGAGCGUGUGCUUACAGCCUCGGCUCCAAUUCGAUGGUAAACACAUCGUGUGCAGCUCCGACCUGGGCCUGUACCAGUGGGACUUUGCCAGCUAUGAAAUUCUCAGGGUCAUCAAAACACAGGACUGUGCAAACUUGUCUUUGCUCAGCUUAGGGGAAGUUUUCGCCCUUCUGUUUGACAACCACUACUUGUACGUCAUGGACCUGAGGACAGAGGGCAUCAUAGGUCGCUGGCCUCUCCCUGCAUACAGGAAGUCAAAGCGCGGCUCCAGCUUCCUUCCUGGUGUUACCUCCUGGCUGAAUGGUCUUGACGGGAAGAACGAUUCGGGCCUGGUGUUUGCUACAAGCAUGCCGGAUCAUAGCAUUCAUUUGGUACUGUGGAAGGAAAACGGAUAGACUGGCACGCCGGAGACUGCGGUGCGGGGGACAGACGUGACGUGACCAUCCAGUCGGUGCCACUCAUAAGAAACGUGGAGUUGCAUGGAACAAAAAAACACUGGCAAUCACACACAUGCACCAGACGUUUUUCCCUUUUACAGGAAGUAUAACCAACAUAGCAGAUGCCCAGCCAUGUCUGUGCCGCAGGAUGAAAGGACAUUGCCUGGACACAUUACAGUACUGCAUUUUGCUGUUGUGACCGGACUGUUUUUUUUGUUUGUUUUUAAUAGUCCGUUAAUUUACUCACAGAGUGCCAUGUGUAUUUAAACAAAUAUGGGAAAAUGGUUUUCUUGUGAGAAGUUUAAAAAAAAAUGUACAGUAUGUUUAUAAAUAUUGGUAAUAGUCGCAUGUUCUUCAGUUUCCGCUUCCACAGUGCUCUGGAAACUAGAGAUGUCACAAAAAUGUAAUAUUGACCGAAUUAUAAUAAUUCACUACGUCUUAUUGUAAUUUUAAUUAUUUCUGCACAUUGUUUUCCCAGGAGACACCAUACGUUUGUGUUUAAGUUGCCGUUGAAAGAAGAAAGAAUAUUUUGUGAAAAAAUUUGAACGGAAAGGAUGCAGUUUUGUUUUUGCAAGUGUUCGAAUGAAGUGAAAGUGCUGACUGCUGUACAAACGAGAUUUGCUUUUUAAAGGUUGGCUUGCUUGCAUUCCUUUGAUUUUUACAAUUCAGUAUAAAUUAUUAUUUUUUAUCUAUGUA